AUGGUUUUUAGUCUUCGAUGUGUGUACUCGUACAUACAUACUGAAAUACAACGUGAAGGGACCGGAAAUCAACCAGGCGAGGCACUUAACCCUCGACGAUUGUACGUCAACAAAGGACACAGUGAGUCUCAAGAAUCAACGAGGUUCAAGCACGAGGAGUUGAGCGACCGUGGUUCAUCGCUGGAAAUACGACAGUACCGCCAG